AUGCGUUGGAAUAUUUGUGGUAGCACUUGUGUUGACUUUGGUCGUUUCCUCGUGCUACACCUUCUCCCCAAAGGAUUCCCAUUCCUUUAUGCCACGAAAGAUGAGGACUUUUACCUUUCAUGUGUAGCAGUCAGACCUUGGCAGGAGAAAAUUCUCACAAUGAAAUGA